GCUGCUGCAAUGAAAACACCUCGUCGGUGGGUGGAUGUACGGGCCCGGGUCCAGCUCUCUCUCCCCAAACACUGACCGAGUAACCACUGAAGAAGGCAUGUGGUGGAUAUUAUGGCUCGCAGCCGGCACGCGACCCUCCGGAGCCGACAGCCGGCCACCUCACACCGUCCUGUAGCCGAGCCCGAGCUCCAUGAACCGCACGCCACGGACCUUUUGACUUCAUGAAGAUCCCCAACAUCGGUGAUGUGAUGAAUAAAUUUGAAGUCCUUGGGAUUGUGGGUGAAGGUGCCUAUGGUGUUGUUUUGAAGUGCCGACACAAGGACACCAAUGAAAUCGUGGCCAUCAAGAAGUUCAAGGACAGCGAAGAAAAUGAGGAGGUUAAAGAAACGACGCUGCGGGAGCUCAAGAUGCUCCGAACGCUUAAACAGGAAAACAUCGUGGAGUUGAAAGAGGCGUUCCGAAGACGAGGGAAGCUUUAUCUCGUCUUUGAGUAUGUGGAGAAGAACAUGCUGGAGCUUUUGGAGGAGUUACCCAACGGUGUGCCGACCGACAAAGCACGCAGCUACAUCUACCAGUUAAUCAGAGCGAUUCACUGGUGCCACAAACACGACAUCGUUCACCGAGACAUAAAGCCAGAAAACCUUCUCAUCAGCUCCGAAGACGUCCUCAAGCUCUGCGACUUCGGCUUUGCACGAAAUCUGUCCGAGGGGACGGAUGCCAAUUACACCGAGUACGUGGCCACGAGAUGGUAUCGCUCUCCAGAGCUCCUGCUAGGGGCUCCCUACGGGAAGGCCGUGGACAUGUGGUCGGUGGGCUGCAUCCUGGGCGAGCUGAGCGACGGCCAGCCUCUGUUCCCGGGAGAGAGCGAGAUCGACCAGCUCUUCACCAUCCAGAAGGUGUUGGGACCGCUGCCGCCGGAGCAGAUGAAGCUCUUCUACAACAACCCUCGCUUCCACGGGCUUCGGUUCCCUGCUGUGAAUCACCCCCAAACGUUGGAGCGUAGAUACCUGGGGAUCAUCGGUGGAGCCCUGUUGGACCUGCUGAAGAACCUGCUGCUGCUGAACCCGACGGAGCGCUUUCUCACCGAGCAGAGCCUGAACCACCACGCCUUCCAGACCCUGCGCCUCGUGGAGCGGCCCGGCCCGCCCACGCCGACACCUGUACGCUCCUCCAAGAGGAAACCUCACCAUGGAGACAACACCACCCCCAGCAGGAGCCAUGCGGGGAAGAGCUCAGGAAGCCAUCGCUCCAGCAGCAGAGAGUGCUCCAGCUUGCCCCGGCACGAAGACCUCCACCCUUCCAACGACGGCUUCCUCAACGGCAACAUGCCCACAGCGAUCAACCUCAGUCCCACGCUGCAUCCCAAGAACUACCAGCAGCAGAUCUUCAACCACGCCACCUCGUGCACCGUGGACCUGGCCAGCAGCAACCUGCCUCACCUGCUCAGCCCCGGCGAAGCCAAGGGCAAGGGCGAACUCGGGUCCAAGGUGUCCGACGGCCCCGGAGCCAAGUACCUCAAAUCCAACUUCCGUUCACAGCAGAACCGCCACUCCUUCGUGGAGGGGAAGACCAACACGCUCCAGUCGGGGGAGAAACACGGUCGACACAGCUACAUGGAGUCCCACAGCUCCACGCCGAGCUCCAAGUUCGCCUACCUUAACCUGUCCAAGAGCUACGGCACACUGAGCGACGCCAAGUCGGUGGGGAACUUAAACGAUGUGCACCUUUAUGCCGACGAGCCCACAGCUCGCUAUUUCCCCUCGAGCUGCCUGGACCUCACGGCGCCGAGCAGCCCGGCAGCCCGACGGGUGGACAGACUCGGACCCGGGACGGCCAACAGAGGAAGUACGCGUUCAGAGAGAGAGAGCAACACCCUGGACUCGUCCUACAGGCGCUCCUCUGCCCGACACAAGUCCUCAGAGGACGCCAAGUCGGCGGACGCCCUUGACCCGGGGGAGAGCGGCGUGGAAAGAGGCCACGCCCACUCCCUCUCCGCCCCGCACGACCCUCUGUCUUACGCCCAGGGUUACACAAGCCCCUUCUCCUCCCAGCAGCGUCCCCACCGCCACUCCAUGUACGUGAGGAGGGACCACCAGAGGACCCACGGGGCGGAGGAGGGCCUGGUGGUGGGGCAGGGCCUUCCCACCAGAGCCAGCAGCCUCCAGCUCCUGUCUCCACAGCUGCAGCACCGCACGCUGCCUCGCCACUCGGGGGGCUCCGCCUCCAGAGAGGAAGACAUGAGCAGGAGCGAGCAGCCCCCCGCCGACGUCCCCCACAGCAGACCCCCAAUCAGGGACUCUACCCGGGACAACACAGCCUCCUUUCACACACAGCGGCAAAAAAGCGAGGUCGGCUUAUAUCAUGAGCAGCAAACAGAAGACGGGGGCUCCUCCAAAGAGAACCGCAACAUCUACAGUGAAUCCAUGCCGAGGAGGGUGGGCAGCUUCUACAGAGUCCCUUCUCCCCGGCCAGACAACUCCUUCCACGACAGCCGAGGUCAGAGCCGGAGCUCCGGUCUGUCGGGGGACGGCAGCAGUUUGACCAACCACUCCAAACGUCAGCCGACCUUUGACCCCUGGACUGGCCCAGAUACCGUCGUUCUGAACCCAUCUGAGCCGUCCAAAGAAAAGGAGAAGCAGGGUUUCUUCAGAGCAAUGAAGAAGAAAAAGAAAAAAUCUCAAAUGAUGCAGGUCCCUGAGGGAAGACCUCCCGUCAUCAAGAAAUAUCUUUUCCCUCUGUUUAGCCCCAAGAAUAACAUAAAGCAUAGCUCCUCUGUGAGAGUCCUCCCCGUAGUGUCCUCUCCCAUGGUUCCCAGUGAAGGCGUGGACACGGUCAUCCAGAAGUCCUCCAGGUCCUCCGGCCACCAGAGCAGCCGCCACAGGACCCGGGACAAGAGCAGAGACCGGGACCAGGACCGGGACCGGGACAAGGACUGGGUUCCUGAGAAACUGUCCGAUUCACACUCUCCUAGUCAGCCGCUGAAGUCUCUGCGUAAACUCCUGCACCUCUCGUCCUCGUCCUCCAACCAGACGGCGCAGUCCGACAUGCGCUACCAGCCGCUGCCCAAUCCGGCCUCGGCUCAGGGCGGCUUCACGGAGGGCCGGGGUCACGCGGGGGUCAGCACCCCCCAGCUGAAGAGCCGACAGGCGGCCUACCCGAUGCCCGGGCAGCUGGAGUCCGGCUGGCACCCGUCGGCCCUGGGACCCGAGGGAAACCCCUACCCGGAGCAGAUGGGCAUCAAGGGGGAGAACGGGCACGGCUUCGGACGGCCCUCCAGGUCUCGUCUGCCAAACCUCAACGACCUGAAGGAGACGGCUCUGUGAUCUCCUCCAUCGCCCCACGGCUCAGAUCAGACUCCUCUGUUUACCCUCUGUUGCUCCUACACGUCCAUUAUGUAACAGUACACACACACACA